UGCAACUCCUCGAUGGGAGGACGCGUGUGCACUGAAUCACGAAUGCAUCGCCUUUAGUUUUAGUUUGGCUUAAUCUAUCCGUCACAACCAAAUGUGUUUUGAGAGUCCGUGCGGUCAGAGCAAAAGUUAAUCUUCAGUAGGUCCCUCAUCGCCAACACAAGACUUCACAACCGGCGAGUUGUGACGUGAGCUGCCACAACAAGGCGACAGCAAUGUGUGUGAAACUGUACGUGUGUUUUAUAUGUUUUCAGCUGCAGAGAAUGAGAAAAAAGAGGAAGCAGGGGUGAGAUCCUGUAGCUGGCUGCUGGCUCUCUGUGUCAGUGUGAGGGGCGAGCCCGACGUUCACACAGAACACCGUCAGACCCGAGGAACGGAAAACCAUCUUGUCUUCUCUCCUCUACCUUGUUUCGGUGAACAGAGAGGACUCACAUGCCGCCAUCUGUUACCCACCAUCACGCCUUCGGAGUGCAAGCCAUGUAGUCCCAGUGCCCAGCUCAGCGUCCAGCCUCAGGCUCCCAGCAGGACGGGAUCCUCCUCCUCCUCCUCCUCACUAUCCCCUGCCUCUGUCACUGAGGAUGUCUUCUUUGGUAGCAUCAAUAAAGACCAGGAUGUGUGUUCAGUAGUCAGCGACUAUGACUGCCCCUGUGCGGACGUGAGCAGCAGUCUGGAGAACCUGCUGGGCCUCAGCUCUUCCCUCAGAGACUCAGAGUACUUUAAAGACCUAGAAGGAGGGAUACCGGCUGCACAGUUGACUGCAUCCACAGUAACCACAGUCCCAGAGAGCAAAACCCGAACUGUUGGCCUCCAUGUGCCCCUAAACUCGGACAGUCCUGCCAUCAACCAACCGGUGCAGACUUCUUUGAGCACACACUCCGCUCAUGUCAAUGCACUAUCCUCUUCCCCCUUCUAUAUACACCCUGCAGAGGGACUUCAUCAAAACUUUGUGGUCACGCAGCUUAAUACAAAGUUAUUGCCAGGUUGCAUCAUUGACAGCGGAGAUUCCUCAGGCCAGGCUGUAGGGCUCAGCUUGACAAUUAAUCUGAAUGGACUGUUGGGAUCAAUGGAAACAGCAAAAGGAAAAACAGAAUCAGAAGAAGUAAAGGAGCAACCAGCUAUGGAGUCAGACGGAGAGCCAGACCUGGACAGCUUUCCUAUUCUGGUCAGAUCCAUGUCAACGUCUCGGAGGCACAGCUGGGGUGUCCCUGUGUCCCCCAUCCACCUGGGGAGGAGACUGAGUCUGGAUACCAUGGCCAUGGACAGCGAUGGAGAGAGAGAGGAUGAUGAAAGUGUCUUCCAGUCCAGCCAGCCGCAGACCUCCAGCUGCACAGCAUGUCCUGGAGAGAAGACAGACGGCUCCAGGCCGAGGGCCCCCUGUCCAAGAGCCAGAGUCACCAGCAUGUGCUUUCAGGCCGGUGGUGUGCCUGGCAGGCAUCUGUACUCCCGCUCAGAGAUCCUCGCCACAGAUGAAUGUUCCCGUGCUGCGCACAUUUCUCGUGUUGUGCAGACAUCCAAACAGGCCGCGAGGGCAGCAGGAGCAGAGGAGUUUGACCCUGAAGAAAACUUACAUUCUACUGACGGACACAGCCAUAUAGCGAAGGAGAGGAACCACAGAUCAGACAGCAAAGUGUCAGGAAACGUCACUUGGUACGAGUUCCUCUCUCAUGAGAAUGAAGAGGAGGAGGAUCGUUCAGAGAAGGUGGAGAAAGGCACCAAGGUGAAGAGGACUCUCAGCUCUCUGAGGAACAGGGUGACUGGCUCCUUCAAUAAAGAUAAGGGUAAGAACCGAGAAAAAGAGGAGCAGAAAGAGAGGGGGAAGGAGAAGGAGGCUAAAGAGAAAGUGUGUGGCAGCAGAAGCAGCAAUAGGCAUUAUUUGGUGCCAGGCGCCUUCUCCAGCUGUGCCACCUGCUCGCUGUGCAGCAAGACCCUGCAGAGAAAGCAUGGCCUGCAGUGCAUGAAUUGUGCUGUGAACGUUCACAAGAGCUGCAAGUCUCUGCUGGGUGAGUGCACCAGCAGCAGGAAUAAGAGAGAUUCUUCGCAGAGGACUUGCUCAUCGGGAUCUCAGAAUAUUGCGCUCAGAGACAGAGAGCGGGAGCAUUCGGGCCUAGCCUCAUCACAUGCCCUGGAUGGCCACUCAGGAUUUCAUAGCACCCCAGGCAUGACCAUCAGUUUGUGGGGAACAAGCACACAUACCACCAGCUUCACCGCACCUUCCAGCCUUGGCCACAGCCUCCGUCACCAUAACAGCUCAGGAUCCCUCCCUGGGGAGAUGGAUGAGACGGAUGCUCUCCGCUCCAAACGCUGCAACGAAGACGCCAUUUCCCUCGCGCCCUCGACCACCGAGUCCAUCAUUGUUGAAGAUGUUCACUAUGCAGCAGUGCGGGCUGAUCUGGAGUCUGAUGCCCAGGACCUGGAGAUAGAGUCAUGGAGUUUGGCGGUUGACCAGCAGUUUGUUAAGAAGCACUCUAAAGAAAUGGUGAAGCGACAGGAUGUGAUUUAUGAGCUCAUGCAGACAGAGAUGCACCAUGUGCGAACACUGAAGAUAAUGCUGCGCGUGUACGUCCAAGAGUUGAAGGAGAACCUCCAGAUGGACUCUGGCAGGCUAGACUGUCUGUUCCCCCGUUUGGAAAACCUCCUCGAGCUUCACACACAUUUCCUGUCUCGUCUCAAAGAGAGGCGGCGUGAAAACCUUGUUUCGCCCAACGACAGGAACUACGCUAUCAACAGAAUGGCCGACAUUCUGAUUGCACAGUUCUCAGGUGAGAUAGGAGAAAGGAUGAAGGAAAGUUAUGGAGAUUUCUGCAGUCACCACACGGAGGCUGUUGGCUACUACAAAGAACAGCUGCAAAACAACAAAAAAUUCCAAAACAUCAUACGGAAAAUCAACAACCUCUCCAUUGUGCGGAGGUUAGGAGUGACUGAGUGCAUUCUGUUGGUGACGCAGCGCAUCACCAAGUACCCAGUACUAGUGGAGCGCAUUCUGCACAACACUGAAGCGGGUACAGAGGAGCAGGAGGAUAUGACUCGGGCGCUGGGUCUGAUUAAAGACACCAUCGUUCAGGUUGACACGCUGGUUAAUCUCCAUGAGAAGAACUCUCGGCUCCGAGACAUACACAACAAGAUGGAGCCAAAGGCACUGGGAAAGAUCAAAGAUGGCCGAGUGUUUCGCAGGGAGGACUUGGCGCAGGGCAGGAGGCGUUUGCUGCAUGAGGGCACAGUCAACUGGAAAGCUGCUUCUGGCAGGCUCAAAGAUAUUCUUGCAGUGCUUCUAUCAGAUGUGCUGCUCUUGCUACAAGAGAAGGAUCAAAGAUAUGCAUUUGCUGCAGUGGAUAACAAGCCGUCAGUGAUCUCCCUUCAGAAGCUGAUUGUCAGGGAAGUGGCCCAUGAGGAGAAAGCCAUGUUUCUUAUCUGCGCCUCCUCCAAUGAGCCAGAGAUGUACGAGAUCCACACCACCUCCAAGGAGGACCGAAACACUUGGAUGACACACAUACGCCAAGCUGUUGAGAGCUGUCCUCAUACAGAAGAGAGGCUGUUCAGUGAGGAGGAAGAGGCCCGAGCUUUCAGGUUCAAAGAAUUUCAAGAACGGCUGAGCCAGAAGGAUGCAGUGGUCAUCCAGGCUCUUACUGAGAAGUUGCAGCUGUUUGCCGACAUGGCAGAGUCUGUGGCAGGUCUAGAGGACGCAGCUUCCCGUUCCAGACUUCUGCUUCGAGGAGACGCCUCAGACCUCCAGCAGGGGGAGGCCCUGCUCAAAGGAGCUAUCACUGAGGUGGAGAACCUCCAGAACCUGCUGCAGUCUGGAGUGAGGGAGGAGGCUUCACCCUCCCGGCUGGAGGAGGGGAGCGGUUCUGGGGUUCUGCCCAGGCGAGCAGAUACCUUCGGGGGCUAUGACAGCAGCCCCACCAUCCUCAGUAAGAAUGGCGGUGUGAAGAAGAACUUUUCUGGCGAGACCAGAAACAGAGAUAGAAGCCAGAGAGCCAGCUCUGACCCUCAGCUCAAAGACCUCUGUGGCAGCCACACCCUGGAGCAGACGGUUGAUGAGAGCUGCUGCUCUCCUGCCAGAUGGAACCGCAUCUGGUCCAACUCAUUCCCCGAGGCUGAGUUCUUUGACAGAGUGCUGAUGCUCUCCCAAAGGCUCUAUAGUCUGCAGGCCAUCGUUUCACAGCAGGACAGCCACAUCGAGCUGCAGCGGGCCUCGUUGACGGAGCGGGCCGCCCUGCCCGGCCGCCACAGAGGGAACGUGCUCCUGGAGCAGGAGAAACAGCGGACUCUGGCCCUGCAGAGAGAGGAGCUGGCCAGCUUCCACAAGCUGCAGUCUCAGCACCGGCAUGAGCAGCACCGCUGGGAGAGGGAGAGGGAGAGGCACCACCAACAAGUCGAGGCCACCGAGGCCAGGCUCCGGCAAAGGGAGGACGAGUGCAGACGGCUGGAGGAGCUUCUGGCAGAAGAGAGGAAGGAGCUGGAGAGUCAGAGGGAGACGUACCAGCAGGACCUGGAGAGGCUGAGAGAGUCCACCAGAGCUGUGGAGAAGGAAAAGGAACGUCUGGAACACCAGAAGAAGAUCAAGAGAAAGACUAUUGAGGUGGCUCCUUUAUCUGGCAGCCUGAACGGGGAGCUCCUCAUGUCUUCGGGCCUCAACACCUUCCCCAGUGUCUCCGACCUGCCCCUCCCUCAGAAGCCCCUGGUGCGGGCCAGCCUCUCUGUCGCACCAGCCGACUAUCCAGAGCGCCCUGAAGUGAUGUUGCGGCGGGAGGCGAGCUCUUCCACCCUGCCGCUGAAGACGGAGGUGCCGCUCCAUCUCUUCAGCACCACCAACCAGCAGCACAAACUGGUGGGGGUGCAGCAGCAGAUCCCCACCAAGCUGGCCGCCUUCAGCUGCGGCGGCAAAGGGAAAGGAGGCAAGAUUGGCAAAGCCUCACAUCGCACUGACAGCACGGCCUCAGUUGAUAUGAAGCAGAUGCUGCCGCUGAAGCUGUCCGCCCGGGAUGACAACGCCCUCAAGGCCAAGCGUUCCAUCAGCCCCCACCAGCAGCUCCCGCUGUCAGCCCCUCCUCAGCCUCUUCCCAUGCAUCAUCACACAGAUCAACUCAGUCCUCCAGACAAUGCUGGGCCAGACACCCAGUCCACCUCCUCCAUCAGCAUCUCCCACCCUCAGAAUCUUCAGAAGCCUCCCAUGCCUCCUGCACAGUCCCAUCCUCAGCCCUCCAUGCCUCCUCCCACCAUCCCCCCCCACUCACAGAGCACCGGCUCCCUCCAGUUCCAGUUCCAUCUGCAACCGCAGGGCCUCAGUCCGAACGCCCACGCCCAUGUGCAGGUAAACGCUCACGGGCUCACCCACAGCCUCAGCAUGCCACCACCUUACAAGGUUGCCACAGAAGACCUCAAUAAGGAGGACGUCAUCUUCUUCUAAAGUCCAGUCUGCUGCACUCGGAUCAGCCGCUAAUCGCAAACAAAUCUGUACAAAGUUGCAGCAAUCCAUAACAGAGCAGAGCCCUUGUUAGCACUCCAGUGGCCCAUGAAGAAAGAAACAUGCUAUUCAAGAAGUUUUACAUUUCUAUUUUAACACUGUUUUAAGAUGCCUCAGUUUCUUUUUUUUAAUUUAAUGUUUAGUUUAAUUUCUUAACACAAGAGGACAACAAGUAUGAGGAGGAAACAUUUGGCAAAACGAAGGCUUCUUGUAACGUAAAUGUCCAAAGACAUCAGAAGGAGAUCUGAUUGAAAGGAGAAAUGUGAAAGAAAAACGGUCCAGUAAUUUUCAGCCUGGUUCGUGUAGCAUGAAAAAGUGAAAGGUGCAGAUGAUGCCCGGGCCUUAAUUACCUGCUUCUACUGAACCGGGGACCACGAGAAAGGAUUCAACAGGAACUCAGUAAUGACUCACCUCCGAAUAACAGGAACACUUGCUGCUGGAUGUUUCCUUUGCACAGUGUAAAUACUCCAAUCCAGACGGAUGAAGGAAGUUUCACAGACUAAACGUGUGUUGUUUGAGUCUCAACAUUGUGAUGGUUCAUUUUCAUUUUGUCUCUUCUUAACCACGCUUAUUGCAGAUGGCGGAGCUGUGGAAUAUACUGCGACUGUUGGUGAAACAUGAAGCUGACUAUUUGUUCAGGCUGUCGUUUAAUGAGGCUUCAUUUCACUUAAGGGAGACAAUUCUACUGUUUUUCCAACGUGUGCAGUCUAAGACAGUCAGGGAUAGUCUUAUGUGAGAUUAGUCUACUUUUAGGUCUUUUCUUACAUUUCUUAGAAGUAGUAACUCUUCUAAAAAAAAUACAGAGGUUGUACUAUUCAGUCAAGGCAUUUCGAAUAAUUCUAAAGCUUUCACAAGUCCAUACGGUUGCGUUUCUCUUUAUGCCCCCAUGGCUGUGAGCUCUAAUUGCAACGGGUUAGGUGAUUGAUAAAAGAUCACUUGUUCACACAGAAACAUGUACAUUUGAGUAUGUACUUGAAUUAACCUUAAACCUUUAGAGUUUAAAGGUAUAUUUCCCAAACGGUUAGCAGAGCUGUGACUGACCCCAUAGACCUGCAGGAAAUGAGCUAACAGCAUACUGUACCUGUUGUUGCAUUUCAGAAAAGCUAUCUAUUUUAAGUAAACCAUCUUUGAGAACCACAUCUGUUGCCAUUUAUAUAAAAACAUUUUUUUUUUUUUAGAAUUCAUGACAUUAGAUGCUGGAAACAUUUUUAGUUUUUAACUGCUUCGGGAGAGAAAAAAUAAAAUGUGGAUCUUUUAAGCUUUCGAAAGAACAAAAGUAAUAAUCACAACAAUUUAAUACAGAGUCGAAAUGCACUGAAAGUCUUUAUCUGAAAAGCACCAGCCAACUGUAGCAUCUGAAUCUUUCACGACGAGGAUGUGAGCUCAUCUGAUACGGCAACAAUGUGCACAUAAAUGUACUUGGCGGUUCUCAUUGGGACGAGCACAAGAAAAAACAUUUCAGCUUUUCUCUAAAGUGUCACUCUUUAUCCACACAGAAGAAAUAUGGAGAUGUCCGUGUGAUUGUUUUUCUCUGUAGAUGCACGAGAACCCUUUAAAUCAUGAAGUAAUUGACACAAUAAUGUGUUUUGUGUCUCUGGAGGGAAAAAAAUGUUAGAGCUUUUUGUGUUUGUCCAAUUAAGCUUGUCUCUGAAGCUGUGAUCGCUAGCUGGAGUUUGAGUGUUUAUGUAUAUUAUGUAUAUUGUUGUACAUACUUAAUGUGAUAUCUUCCGCAACGGCUUCCUUUUACACAUUCGUGUAGUAGGAACGGACAUAUUUGACGUGCAUCAAGAUGCAAAAGUCUGUUUCUGCAUGUGUGUGUAUCCACUUAGAAUACACACACAUGGAUGUGUGUGUGUGUAUAAUACGAUACGCUUGGCUUGGACACACUCGUGGCAGUUUAAAGAAACCACAAUCAGCCGAGCCGUUGAACUCAUGAUGAGCGUUUGCAUAUUUAAUCUCCUGAUGUCGUAGCAUGGAAGUCGAGGUGCACUGACUGUUGUGAUGUUCCACCAAUAUUAUGUCGAAGAAAUCAUCUGUUUUGUUUCAGUUGGUUAAACCAAAGACAUUCGGCUGGGUUCCUGUCUGUGCUCUUUAUAUGAAGGAUAAUGGACUCUGGGCUGUUGCGUGGUCAUCCACAAAGUGUUAUUACUUAUUAAUCGUCCUCCAGGUGUGUCCACAACGAGUGUGUUUACAGUACACUGUAGGCCAGCUCAUAUUCUGCUCCAGGUCUAACGUUUGGGUUUGCAGUUUGUUUAUAUAGUGGAGCAACCCGACUCUAGCGGCUGAGCUUUUCAUGAUCAGGAUGUGAGCUCAUCUGAUACGGCUGUAGAGGACUUUGUAUUCAUGUCAACACAACAACAAUGUACAUGUGAAUAUACUCGGUGGUUCUCAUUGGAUGGAGCCCUAUUAAAAACAUUAAUAUUUUUCCAUACUUUGACACAAUUGAAUGAACUCAACGUCCAUUGACAAGCUUUUUGCCAGGGCUUUCAACCACGUGACAGUCUUCAGAAAAGUUAAGGCAAUGCUUAACUUCCUGGCCAAUAUAGACGAGUAGUCCUAAAAGCGCUAUUGAUAAAAUCAUAACAGCUGAUGGUCAAGUGAGCAAACUCCCAUCUGCUAAUGAAGACCAUGGGAUUUGGUUGAAGGCUCUGGAGAGAGAUGGGAUGGUUUUUAUCAGUCAUAUUUUCAUUUUAGCCUUGACUCAUUAAGACAUCCGUUUGUUUGUCCAUUCCUGUAUCUCUGAGUGUCUCCUUUAUGUCGGAGUGAGAGAUGAGGCAGCAGGAAAACUGGUGGAGCACAAAGAGGCGACGCUGCCUCGCGGUUUGAUCCACUCGAGUCUUAAUUGUUCUUUCGCUGGACUGAAAUAAUAUAACCUCUUUGCUCCUGUUUAAAACGUUGAAGCCAGUCAGUCACAUCACUGUGUGUUUGUGUGUGUGUGUGUGUGUGUGUGUGUGUGUGUCUGUGUGUGUGUGUGUCACUAAAAACACAGCGGAAACUUUUCUAGCCGACUCGUUUCCAGUCGUUUUUUCUUUUUUUUCUUUUUUUUUAUACACACCCUCAUAGGCGCAUAUUGGACUUGUAAUGUGUAAAUAAUCAUGAACAUAUUGUAUUUCCUCAGCCAAUUUUACACUAGUCACUUUGGAUAGUCGCAUACUUGAAGGGGAAAAUUAAUGUUUGUAAUGCUUAUUAUUAUUAUUAUUAUUAUUAUUGUCUGAACUUUUAUUUACCAAGAGCUGUCUAAUGACGUUUGUAGCACACAGCAGAACUGAUUUUUGUACCAUUUUAUUUUAUUCACUGCAAGACGUUAGAACGACCUGUGGACACAAACUGCUGCCUUAGAGAGUUUAGUAAUAAAUAAAGUCUUGAAAGGA